AUGCCUCCUGCUGCUACUCAAGACCCCGAGGUGGCCAACACCACCCAGACCAAGGCCAACGGCGAGCGUUCUGCUUCCAACUUUGCUGUUGGAGGUGAGCUUGCCAUUCCUGGAGAUGCUCAAGAUGGCACCGUCAACGCUGUCGAGGUCCCAGCAACCCGCAGUGCCAUGGCUGAUACUUCACAAUACAUGCACAACCUCUCCCUUUCCCCUUCAAUGAAGGAAAGGAGAGGAAGCCGCAACUCUUUCGGUACCUCGCUGCCCAUUCCCCGAUCCAAGAGGCAGUCAAGGCUGUCAUCUGUACACUACCCCGAUGGCCCAGGAGCUGCCAAGCGCCCUGGCAUGCCCGCCAUCCAGCCUUCCCGCGACAUCAUCGCAGCCCAGCUUCAAGAUCUCGCUGGCGAGAAGGUUCGUGCUGCCAAGGACAUGGCCUUUGUCUUUGACAUUGACGGUGUCCUUGUCCACGGUGACCGUCUCAUCCCCGAGGGUCAACGCGUGCUCGAGAUCCUCAACGGCGACAACGAGCUCGGCAUCAAGAUCCCCCACAUCUUCCUCACCAACGGCUCUGGAAAGCCCGAGCAAGCUCGUGUCGAGCAACUCUCCAAGAUCCUCCACAACCCCAUCUCGACCGAGCAAUUCAUCCAGUCGCACACUCCCAUGCGUGCCCUGGCCGAGUACUACAAGACGGUCCUCGUUGUCGGUGGAGAAGGCUACAAGUGCCGUGAGGUAGCCGAAGAAUACGGAUUCAAAGACAUUGUCGUCCCCAACGACAUCAUCGCAUGGGACCCAACCAUCGCCCCUUACCGCGUCUUCACCGACGAGGAGCGCAAGACGUCCCGCCCCCGCGACUUCAGCAAAGUAAACAUCGAAGCCAUCAUGGUCUUCUCCGACAGCCGCGACUACGCCACCGACAUCCAAAUCAUCAUGGACCUGCUUCAGUCUGAAAACGGCCGUUUCGGAACCCGCGCCAAGGACCCCGUCUCCCAACGCAUCCCCAUCUACUUCUCCCAGGGCGACAUGCUCUGCCCCACCGAACACCCCUUCCCGCGUAUGUCGCAAGGAGCCUUCCGCAUCGGCCUCGAGGCCAUGUACAAGUCGCUCACGGGCGUCGAGCUCGAGCGUGUCGUCUACGGCAAGCCUGAACUGGCCACGUACAAGUACGCCGACGAAGUUAUUGCCAGCUGGAUGGAAACCAUUCACAACGAUGAGAAGCUGCCUGCUCACAUCUACAUGAUUGGUGACAACCCGGCUUCCGACAUCGUCGGUGGUAACAUGUAUGGCUGGAACACUUGCCUUGUUCGCACUGGUGUGUUCCAGGGCGGUGACAACGACGAGCAGAACCCGGCUUCUUUCGGCGUGUUCAAGAACGUCUACGAGGCUGUUACUACGGCUAUGAAGAAGGAGCUUGGCGAGGAGUUCAAGUUCAAGUUUGAUGAGAAGAUCAACCCGGUUAUGCAGGAGGGUGGUAGCUCGGCUAUUGCUUGA